CCUUUAUCAGUGCGUGCUCCGCAUUCGUUCGUUCGUUCGCUCCGUUCCACCAUCACCAACCAGUUGCAUGUUUACAUAAUAUCCCAAUCUGCGCCGUUGUGAUAAAAAUGCUCUCGAAAUCCGUUCUUCUCGGGUCGCGGUUGUCCGCGCUGCGACCCCUGCACCAAGCAUGCCGCCGUGCCGUUCACAUUUCCGAAGCCAACGUGCUGACGACCGAGGUGAAUCGUCAAUCGGCCGAGUACAAGGAAAAUCACUCGCAGAUGCGGGAGUUGGUUGGGGAGCUGAAGUCGAUUACGGGGGAGGUGCUGACCGGAGGUGGGUCGGAAGCGAUCAAGCGGCACACGAGUAAGGGGAAGUUGCUCGCGCGGGAUCGGAUCAACCGGUUGGUGGAUCCGGGUUCGCCGUUUUUGGAGCUGAGCACGUUGGCCGCCCAUGGGAUGUACGGGAAGGACGUGGUCAAUGCGGCGGGGAUCGUUACGGGGGUUGGUCGGGUGCAGGGCGUUGAUUGUGUGAUUGUGGCGAACGAUGCCACGGUCAAGGGGGGGAGUUAUUAUCCGAUUACGGUGAAAAAGCAUCUGAGGGCUCAGGAGAUUGCACAGGAAAAUAAUCUACCUUGUAUUUAUUUGGUCGAUUCCGGUGGCGCGAAUCUGCCGCGGCAGGCCGAUGUGUUCCCGGAUAAGAUGCAUUUUGGGCGGAUUUUCUACAAUCAAGCGAACAUGUCGGCGCAGGGAAUUCCGCAGAUUGCGGUCGUGAUGGGUUCGUGUACGGCUGGUGGGGCGUACGUGCCGGCCAUGGCCGACGAGAGCAUCAUCGUGAAGAAGCAGGGAACGAUCUUUUUGGCGGGACCGCCGUUGGUGAAGGCUGCCACAGGGGAGGUCGUAUCGGCGGAGGAUCUUGGCGGGGCAGAUCUUCACUGUCGUACCUCGGGAGUCACGGAUCAUUACGCGGUGGAUGAUGAGCAUGCUUUGUUCCUGGCUCGCCAGGUGGUACAGAAUUUGAACCGACCAAGUGCUUACGACGAAAAUGCCGGCUAUUCAACCAAGGCAAUGAUGCAUCACACCGGGUUGAGCUUCCUGUCCGAUCCGGAACCACCCAAGUACGACGCCGAGGAACUGUACGGCAUCGUGGGCGCCAACUUGACGAAAUCGUUCGACGUUCGUGAGGUCAUCGCUCGCAUCUUUGACGGAAGUCGAUUUACCGAGUUUAAGAAAUUCUACGGCGAAACCAUCGUCUGCGGGUACGCACGGCUCUACGGUCAGCUGGUCGGAGUGGUCGGCAACAACGGUGUCCUCUUUUCCGAGAGUGCCCUCAAGGGAGCUCACUUUAUCGAGUUGUGCGCGCAGAAGAAGAUUCCGUUGAUCUUCCUGCAGAACAUUACCGGUUUUAUGGUGGGUCGUGACGCCGAAGCCGGUGGAAUCGCCAAGAACGGUGCCAAAAUGGUCACGGCAGUCGCCUGUGCCAACGUCCCCAAGCUGACCCUAAUCAUUGGCGGUUCGUAUGGUGCCGGCAAUUACGGAAUGUGUGGUCGCGCCUACUCGCCCCGCUUCCUGUACAUGUGGCCAAACAGUCGCAUCUCGGUCAUGGGAGGUUCGCAAGCUGCCGGAGUGCUGGCGCAGAUUACCGAGGAGCAGUACAAGCGCACCGGCAAGCAAUGGACCGAGGAAAUUGGCCAGAAGAUCAAGGCGCCGAUCAUCGAGCAGUUUGAGGCCGAAGGAUCGCCGUACUACAGCUCCGCUCGCCUGUGGGACGACGGAAUCAUCGAUCCGGUUGACACGAGGAAGGUCCUCGGGCUGAGUCUGCAGGCGGCCCUCAACAAACCCAUCGGGGAUACCAAGUUCGGAAUAUUCCGAAUGUAAGCGGGAUGCGGGUAAAAAAACGCGUGUGUCUUCCAAUCUAAAGUGCAUUUAUUACGGUUAGGAUGAAUACUUUUUUGAAAAGUUUUACAGAUUUAUAUUUUUGUAGUGACGAAACGUGCAACGUUUACACACAUACCAGUGAGUGCAUUUAUGAACUUGUUCAAAACAAUACUUUGCUGUUAUCGAGAGAAAUAAAGUUUUCUUCAAAAUCUUG